UUGCAAUCAUGCCAUUAACAGCAGAACAAGCGAUGUUGCAAGUACAGGAGCGGCUGAAGUCUUUGAAAACGCUCGUGUGCGAAAUAGAAAACGAACGAAAGCGCAACGAAACGAAUAUAAACAACGUGAUACGCCUGACCAAGAUGGCAAGCGAAGACAAAACGCCCGCUCUUAACCAUAAGCUUAAGACACUGUACAAAGUAGGCCUGCAGGAUGCGCUACAGGAAGAAACAUUGAUCCGCCAGGCACUGUCCAAAAUUCAGGACAUACGUAACAUACGCAACGAGCGCCGAAUACAGGCGCGUAAUGCGGGCAACAAGGAAACCAUCCGAAGAGGCGCACUGAUGAAGAUGCUGCAGAUUUCGGCCCAAACGUUGCCACUGUUUGUCAGCAAGCCGGGUGAAAAAAUACCUCACCUUUGCGGAUCGAUCCCGGCGGACAGCAGCUACAUUGCUAAGCCGGGCGAUAUGGUCGCUGCGCUGGUAAAGAGUGAGGAAGGCGAAGAGAACUGGAUACUGGCCGAGGUGGUACAGUACGUGUCGUCCACCAGCAAGUACGAGGUGGAUGAUAUUGACGAGGAGCAGAAAGAUCGUCACGUGCUAAGUCGCCGUCGGAUCGUUCCGCUGCCGCUAAUGCGUGCCAAUCCCGAGACCGAUGGCCAGGCUUUGUUCCCCAAGGGUACAACCGUAAUGGCACUUUAUCCACAAACCACCUGCUUCUAUAAGGCGAUUAUCAACCAGCUACCGCAAACAGCCAACGAAGAGUACGAAGUGCUAUUUGAAGAUCCGACAUAUCCGGACGGAUACUCACCGCCCCUGUUCGUUGCCCAGCGGUAUGUGAUUGCGAUUAAGCAGAACAAGAAGACAACCUCUUGACAGCCGCAACCGC